GUCUGCACAGCGGAUAACGGAACCUGCAAUAUGAUGGAAAUCACUCCACACCUCGGUGCAUAUUAUUCUGUCAUUGGUAUACAGGGUAGCACCUGUUUGUUGGCUGCUAAAGUGAUCCAAUGCUGGCACCUAUAAUAGGAGAUGCAGUUCCCCAUUCGUUGACCGCAGGUUGCAGCAAAUCCAAGCCACUUCCUACGGCGGAAGACCCGGAGUUAGUAGCGGGGCAUCCGACCGAGAGCUACGAGUAGUACCUGUUCGGAUGAAGCAGUUGCAAGGGGGGCGGGAGGGGGAGUGCCUGGGGCCAUUUCUCAUCCAGUUGCUGCUCUGACCUUUAUAAUCGAUUUACUUCCUCUAACGUUUGUGCUCUCCUUCCAAGCCAUUCCUCCAGACCAAACGACCACCGAAGGACGAAAUCCCAACAAGUCCCAACUCCCCGCGAAAAGCUCGAUCCACCGAGAUGGCGUACCCAGCUAAACCGAUCCGUGUGUGGUUGACCCCGCCGGGACCUAACCCGUGGAAGGUGGUCUUCCUGCUCGAGGAACUCGAGCUGAACUACGAGAUCGAGUCCUUCCGGUUCGACGACGUCAAGAAGCCGCCCUUCAUCAACCUCAACCCCAACGGGCGCGUGCCGGCCAUCGAGGACCCCAACACGGGCCUGACGCUGUGGGAGUCGGGCGCCAUCUACCAGUACCUCAUCGAGGUGUACGACAAGGACAAGCGGCUGACCUACGACUCGCUCGCCGAGCGCCACCUGCUCAACCAGUGGCUGCACUUCCAGAUGUCCGGGCAGGGCCCCUACUUCGGCCAGGCCGGCUGGUUCCGGCACCUGCAUCCGGAGAAGGUGCCCAGCGCGAUCGACCGGUACGAUAACGAGAUCCGGCGAGUGCUGGGCGUGCUAGAGAAGGUCCUGGCCGAGAAACCUACCGCUAAACAGUGGCUAGUGGGCGACAAGAUGACGUUUGCCGACAUGGCGUUCAUGCCGUGGAAUUUCCGGCUGGUUGAGGUGCUGGCGGCGAGUAGCUGGGACGAGGUGUGGGAGGGUUUCCCGCAUGUGCGCGCGUGGCAUGAGAGGAUGGUGGCGCUGCCGAGCUGGACGAGGGCGAUGGAGAAGAGGGCGAAGUUGAUGGAUGACCAGGGCUUGCAGUGGAACGGCGUGCCCAAGGGGAUUGAGACGUUCACCGAGUAUGAGGAGAAGAUCAAGCGCGGGGAGAACACGAUCCCCGGGACGGAGUGAGCGGAUUGUAGGAAGAGAACACGUACUAAUUAGAGUCGAGAUGUUACCUGGUAGCUUCGCAGAAGAAAUGCAAACAGCAUACCUAGGUA